GCUCGAGCCAUGUCGAACCCGUUCGCAGACCCAAACCCGCAGUCCCUCGACUCGAACCCGUUCGCCGACCCAACGGUCCAGGCCGGCCUCCAGUCGCGCACCCAGGACGACUACGAGCUGUCGAGUGGCGCGGCCCAACAGCCGCAAACCGCGCAGGGGGGCGCCGACGUCCAGGCCCGCCUCGAGGAGCUGCAGCGCAGGGAGCGUGAACUCGCCGCUCGGGAAACCGCCCUCAGCCAGAAGCAGGAGCACAUCCGCAACUUCGGCAAGGCCAACUGGCCCGGGUUCGGCUUCAACAUCCUGUUCCACAGCAUCGAGGAGGAGAUCCCCGACGCGCACCAAGCCACGGUCCUCAUGCUGUACCGCAUCUGGAUGUUCUUCGUCCUCGUCCUCGCCGUCAACCUCGUCGCCGCCGUCCUCUUGACUGCAUCAGGCUCGUCUAGCGGCGACCUCGGCGCAGGCAUCAUGUACCUCCCCGUCCUCAGCGUCCUCUCCUUCCUCCUGUGGUACCGGCCCGUCUACAACGCCUACUCCAAGGAGUACUCGUUCUUCUACUACAUCUUCUUCUUCUUCGGCCUUUGGCACGCCCUCUUCUGUGUCUACAUGUUUGUCGGCAUCCCCUCGUCGGGCGGCGCCGGCCUCAUCAACCUCAUCUCGAGUUUCGCCGGAGGCCACAUUGCGGCCGGGGUCGUGUGCACCCUCGCGACCGUCGGCUGGGCCCUCGAGACGCUCGCCUUCCUGUGGAUGUUCAAGAACGUCAGGGCCCACUCGAGUGGCGAGCAGGGGCACACGCUCGCCCAGGCAAAGCAGGAGAUUCAGAUGUACGGCAUCAAGGCCUACCUCUUCAAGGCCUCGAGCAUGCCCGCCUCGUCGCAGCAGCAGCCCGGCGCGCAGGUCUAGCGGGCUCGUCGACUCGGGCGCCGCAGCGGUU